AUGCUGGAUAGAAACUGGGAGGCGGGGGGAGGGGAGACGGCUCAGGCCAUGCCGGCGCCAUUCCUGACUAAAACGUACCAGCUCGUCGACGACCCCUCAACUAACCACAUCGUGUCAUGGGGCGACGAUCGUGUCUCCACCUUCGUCGUUUGGCGCCCGCCGGAGUUCGCGCGCGACCUCCUCCCUAACUACUUCAAACACAACAACUUCUCCUCCUUCGUCCGCCAGCUCAACACCUACGGAUUUAGGAAGGUUGUGCCGGAGAGAUGGGAGUUCGCCAACGAGUUCUUUCGCAAAGGAGAGAAAAAUCUCUUAUGCGAGAUCCACCGCCGGAAAACCUCAGCAGCCGCGGUAGCCGCCGCCAGCUCGUUACAGCCAUCUUUCUCUCCACUCUUUCAAACCCCUUUUGAAGAUUAUUACUCUGCACCCGCCGCCGCGAAACGCCUCUUUUUACUCGGUAACGUUAGCGAAGCUGCAGCCAUCGGAGGUUCGGCGCCGGCUUUGCUUGAGGAGAACGAACAGCUUCGGCGGAGCAACGCGGCGCUUAUGUCUGAGCUGGCUCACAUGCGGAGGCUUUACAACGAUAUCAUUUACUUCGUGCAAAACCACGUCCGGCCGGUCGGCCCCAGUGGUUCUUUCUACGAACUCCGCCGUGGGGCGGCGGGUCUGAACUCAGGAGGAAGUGCGACGUCUAGCAGUUCGCUGACUAUAGCUGAUCAGGACCCAUCGGCAAGGCCGGAUGGGAAGGAUAGUGAGAGCAGUGGGAGCCCAACGAAGCUGUUCGGCGUUAGUAUCUGUGCUAAGAGAAGGGAGUACCCCGGCGAGGCGGCUUCCUCGUCGACCAAGCUGCGACUCGGUUUGAAUAAGGAAUGCCUUGGGCUUAAUCAAAUGCCGCCUUCUCCUUCUAUGUAA